CGCGGGCAGAGGUGCCCCGAGGCUGCGGCGUUGUGGGGCGGCGGCGCCGCCCGACCUUCGGCGUCCCCGGGACCCCCGGGCGGCGGUGAGGGCGGCGACGGCGGCGCGGACGGGCAGGCGAAGCUGAGCUGGCUGCUCCAGGAUGCACCACAGCUCUGAGAAGGGGAAGCAGAAAUCCUGCUGGCUCUGCUAUGGCGUGUGAACCGCAGAUGGACCCCGGCGGGGCGGCUGGCCCCUUGCCCACCUCCUCCCCUGGGUGGAGCGCCCUGCCUGGCGGGAGCCCUCCUGGCUGGGAGCAAGAGCUCCACAACGGCCAGGUCCUCACAGUUCUCCGGAUUGACAAUACCUGUGCACCCAUCUCCUUCGAUCUGGGAGCCGCCGAAGAACAACUGCAGACCUGGGGCAUUCAGCAGGUCCCGGCUGAGCAGUACAGGAGCCUGGCUGAGAGUGCCCUCUUGGAGCCCCAAGUGAGAAGAUACAUCAUCUACAACUCGAGGCCUAUGCGGCUGGCCUUCGCUGUGGUGUUCUACGUGGUGGUAUGGGCCAACAUCUACUCCACCAGCCAGAUGUUCGCCCUGGGGAACCACUGGGUGGGUGUGCUGCUCGUGACCCUGGCUGCCAUGAGUCUGACCCUGACUCUUGUGCUCAUUUUCGAGAGACACCAGAGGAAGGCCAACGCCAACACGGAUCUGAGGCUGGCGGCUGCCAACGGAGCCCUCCUGAGACACCGGGUGCUGUUGGGGGUGACAGACACGGUGGAAGGCUGCCAGAGUGUGAUUCAGCUCUGGUUUGUCUACUUUGACCUGGAGACCUGUGUGCAGUUUUUGUCCGACCAUGUUCGAGAAAUGAAGACGAGCCAAGAGUCCUUGCUGAGAAGCAGAUUGAGCCAGCUGUGUGUUGUCAUGGAGACUGGGGUGAGCCCCACGGUGGCCGAGGGGCCGGAGAACCUGCUGGAGGAAGCUCCUCUCCUGCCCAGCAGUCCUCGUCCCACGGAGAGGCCACUCAUGCAGACCGAGCUUCGCCAGCUUAUUCCUGAGGCUGAGCCGGAGGUAACAGGCACCUGGGCCAGUCAGGUCCCCUCCUCCCCAACCAGGAAAUGGCCCAGCAGCUGCUGGCAGUGUUUGGUGGCUACUACAUCCGGCUCCUGGUGACCUCUCAGCUCCCCCAGGCAUUGGGCACACGACACACAGACUCUCCAAGGAUUCCAUGCCCCUGCCAGCUCAUAGAAGCCCACAUCCUGGGCACAGGGUGCUGCCCAUUCCUGGGCAGGUGACCUAGGGACGAAGGUACUCAUCUUCUUCCAACGCUGAAGGUGAGAAGUCAGGGAGGCCUCAGGAGCCCAAGGUGGCCGACGGUGAGCCCUAGGCGAGGAGAGCAGCAUCUGGGGGCACUCUGAGGCUGUCAGUCACGUCAGCACUGCGAAUAUUGUGCUCACUCCAGGACCCUGCACGAGAAUGGCUUGUCAACAUCCCACACUGGCCCCUGGCCUUUGCAGAAGCCGAUGGUCCCACUCUGAGGUACUUUCUGUGCUGCUUAGAACUGUGGGCAUGGAUGAAAGGGCCACCCGCACAUCCCUUUCAUUGUCUGGAGAGCCCAGGAAAUGUGAAGAUGACCAGCCUGGACUGAAUGUGUGUCCAAAGCUUGGUCUCAGGUGAUGCUUCUGUCCCCACCCCCUUCUUGUCAGAUGGAAACUCAGGGAGGACACUGCUCUUUGUGGCAUCGCCUUGGGCCCCUUAGAUUAUAAGAAGCCUCUUCCCAAUCUGAAGUGAAGAAGUAAAUUCUGAGAAUGUUCUCCAUCUUUAAGCUGUUUCUUUCCUACGUUUUCUGAAAAAAGAUGGCGCUUGGGCUUGUAUGCUAGCACACAGGCCUUGAGGAGUAGGAAACAGACGGCCUGUAACUGCUAAUGGGAAUAUUUGGAAGAGACUGAUCCUGUCUGAUUGGAGGACAUAUUUUGUUCACAGCAUGCUUGCUUGUGGGAUGGUUUCAUACUGCAGACAGAGAAUGGCCGUGUGUUCCUUGACACUAACACUGUCCUGGAGUGAAGCGUAAUCUGUCACUUGUGGAAUUCCAUGAAGAGCUCAGAGGCUGCCGGGUGCUCUGCUUCUGAACAAGUUUGAAGACCCGUUGUUCCCUAGGCCCAAAUCCAAAAGCCCUAGCCUGGCAUUUAAAGGCUCCCCAGCACCUAAGACCUGGCCUUCAUCUGCAAUUUUGGCUUCAUCGCCCAUAAAAAUCCUUCGUAGGUUGAAACUCUUUUCCUGGACUGACAUACCUGUUCCUUUGUAUGUGCUGGACUCCUAUGCAUGCUUUUGUAAAAAAAAAAUUUUUUUUAAUUGAGGUAUGGUUGACGUAAGAUAUAUACAAGGUUCAGGUGUACAACAUAGUGAUUCACCAUUUUUAAAUGUUAUACUCCACUUAUAGUUAUUAUAAAAUAUUGACUGUAUUCCCUGUGUUGUACAAUAUAUCUUUGUAGCUUAUUUAUUUUAUACAUGGUAAUUUGUACCUCUUAUCCCCUCCCCCUAUCUUGCCCGUCCCCCUCCUAUGCCUGCUUUAAUGCUCAGCUUUCCUUACCCCUCCUUCAGGAAGCCUUUCAACAUAGCCAGACCUGCCACUCUCUGCCUCCUUUAUUUUUUUAUUUUUAUUUUUUAAAAAUUACCUCUUAAUCCAUGAAUCCAAAUCAUCUCACUUUUUUUUUUUUCCCCACGCCACGUGGCUUGCGGGAUCGUAGUUCCCCGACCUUGGAUUGAACCGAGGCCACCGCAGUGAAAACACCGAGUCCUAACCACUGGACCUCCAGGGAAUUCCUGACUCUGCGGCCUUUAAAUUCUUGAUGUAGUUGCUGCUUUUACUCAUGUUUUAUGUUAUUGAUUCUGUUUUCCUGUGCAUAUACCUAUUCUUCUAGCUAGACUAUAAGCUCCUCAAGGACAAAGACUGCACCUUGUACUUCUUGUGCAUGACCUGGACUUGCUAAGGAAAAAAAUCCUGUGGACUGAGUGCUUUGUCAUCUCUAUAGUAGCUUUUGCAAAUUACUCUCUGUACUCAGUUGAAUGAUGAAGUUGUCACAGACUGGGGUUCUGGUCCUGAACUGCCACUUUUAGCUAUGUAACUUUAGGCUGGUCCUCAGUCUACACAUCUGUAUAGUGGGUAGAUUGGAUGAUUCUUAAUGGCCCUUUCAAAGCCAAAGAUCUGGGAAUUUCCAUCUUUUUCUGUUCCAUUUUAACCCUUGGCCUUUCUCUCUGUUAUGCCUUUAUCUACAAUGCAGAAAGGUUCUAUAGACCCACACAGGUGAGGUGUCCCAGACCUGAUACCCCUUUGGAUGGAACACUGGCCUAGCCAGCAGGAGAGCUGUAUUCUCAUUUCAGAUCUGCUACUUCUUAGCAGUGUGACCUUGGCUAGGUUAACCUCUCUGAAUGUCAGUUCACUCUAUAAAUGAAUCUGGUGAACAUGAAAUGUAAUUAUGUGGGUGACUUACCAUGUAAGAGAUGAAUCUGACUGUUCACUUUCUCUGGGCCAGAGAAGAGAAAUCAUGUACAUAGACUAGCCCUUGGAAAUGGCUCUUUUAGGCGUUUCUCGUCAGCCGACAAAUGCUGCGGCCCGCUUUGCUCAAUGAGAAUUAUUCAUGAAGGCGAUCACUGUCUUUCUCACUGUCUUGCCACAGCGGAAGUGUGGGCUGUGAAUGUGAUCAAUAGUAGCCCAUAUUUAUCAUCCAACCAUCAAACCCUGGUAAGUAUAAUAGCAGAGAAUAAAAAUGUGUGUUUUGACCAAACAGCAGUUUCUCCACUUGACAGCCUCCUUAAAGGACCCUCGAUGUGUUGUUUCCUGCCUUUUCCUCUCUUUAGAGUUUCUGGUGGUGUCACCCAGUGGGUAGGGCAUUCAGGUGUGCCCAUGAGGUACAUUUCUUCUCAUUUGAGCCUCAGUUUCCUCUUUUAGAAAAUUCUGUGAUCUCUGUCUUGCCUGCUGCACAGGGUUGCUGUGAAGAUGAGAUUCCACAAAGGAACGUGUGCGCCGUUUCAAAGCUCUGUGUUGAUGGCGGGCGUGGAGCU